AUGGCAAAAUGGUCUCUUCUAUUUUUAUACUUUUCCCAAGGACUACUUCCACUCAUCACAGGGCAGCAGCAUCAGCGCACCGGGCCUUGGCGGCAGCGGAUUCAGUGGGAGAACAACGGGCAGGUAUACAGCUUAAUGAGCACUGGAUCAGAGUACCAGCCUGCGGUUCGGUCCAGAAGCCAGUCGAGGGUUUAUGUGAGCGGCAGGGAUGGCAUGAGGAGCCAGAUGGCGGGAGCGCACAGAGGAGGUACCAUUGUAAGAACCGCACAGUCUGAGUCCAGACAGUUCAGGUAUGACCAGGGUGUAGAACCAGGAUCUUUUGCCCCUGGUCGCGCGCCAGGGGCCAGACAGCAGCCUGAGCACCCUCACCGAGCAGGAGCUACAGGUUAUCCAGGUGCACGACGCUUUAACCCUGAAAAUAGCAUGAACGCCUCAGCUGUGGGGAGCUAUACAGACUUCACGGGCAGAAGAGGAGGUGUUGCCCGCGUGGAUGCUACUGCACUACACACCAGAGGAGGUGAGCCGGGGCCCGGUGCGCAGUACCAGCAAGAAUCUGAGGCUCCUGCUCCUUUCCCUGCACUUAGUGAGGAUGUUUCAAACCAGGCAACCAGUAAUGGAGAGGACAUGGUUAACGAUGACCCUCGAAACCCGUUAAAAAACCACAGGAAUUCAGUCCUCUAUAACAUGUAUCCCACGAGAGGGAGGUCAGCGGCUCGCACGCGCCGUCCACCUGGCACAGGACAUGGAACAAGAUAUUUCCAAAACGGACUGCCAGACCUGGUGCCAGACCCUUAUGCCAUCCAAGCAGGUGCUUACAUCCAGCGCAUGCAGAUGUAUGCGCUGCGCUGUGCAGCAGAGGAGAACUGUCUAGCCAGGUCGGCUUAUGGACCUGCUGUGCGAGACAUCGACUUCAGAGUCCUCCUGCGGUUCCCACAGAAAGUGAAGAAUCAAGGCACCACUGACUUCCUUCCUGUCAAGCCGAGAUAUCAGUGGGAGUGGCACAGCUGUCACCAACAUUACCACAGCAUGGAUGCCUUCAGUAACUACGACCUGCUGGAUGUCAUCACUGGGCGUAAAGUCGCAGAGGGACACAAGGCCAGUUUCUGUCUGGAGGACACAGGCUGUGACCAGGGGUUCAGGCGACGCUAUGCCUGCACGGCUCAUACACAGGGGCUGAGCCCGGGAUGCCAUGACGUCUAUGCUGCCAACAUCGACUGUCAAUGGAUUGACAUCACGGAUGUACCUCCAGGAAACUACAUCUUGAAGGUUACCGUCAAUCCCAAUUCUCACGUCAUGGAGUCAGACUUCAACAACAACGUAGUGAGAUGUGAUAUCACAUACACAGGAACUUAUGUUCAGACACGUAACUGUAGAGUAACAAGGUAA